AUGGCAGACUUGAAGACUACCAUCCCUACAGAUGCGCCGCCGUCCUAUGAGACGGUAUCAGUUCCUCCUCAAGAGCCUCAGCCGGGGGCCCCACCACGUCGACUUCGACCACCGCCACCUCUCGAGUUGCCUGCGUUGACCUUGUUGCGAGGGAAGCGUGUCGUUCUCGCGUCGCAAUCGCCCCGACGGAAACAACUACUUGCGCAAAUAGGCCUCACAAAUGUCGAGAUUGUGCCUUCGAAGUUUGAAGAAAACUUGCCCAAGUCGCUUUCGCCCUUUGAAUAUGUCCUCGCGACGGCAACCCAGAAGGCGCUCGCAGUCUAUAAGCAGGAAGUGAACAAUGAAGCAAAGGGAGAGCCAGGGCUUAUCAUUGCCGCGGACACCAUUGUGGUCAGCAGUCUAGGCGAGAUCUUAGAAAAGCCUAGGAGCGAGGUGCACCAUAUCAAAAUGCUCAAAGGGCUGCGCGAUACGGGCUUGCACAAGGUGUACACCGCCGUUGCAGUUAUAACACCUCUUGAGAGCGCACGAGAUCCAGGUUACGCCCUGGAGACUGCGACAGAGGAGACUACAGUCAAGUUUGAUCCUGACAUCACCGAUGAGCUACUGUUGGCGUACGUUCGUACCCGGGAAGGUGCGGAUAAAGCAGGCGGCUACGGUAUCCAAGGCACCGGAGGAAUUCUGGUCGAGAGAAUUGAGGGAAGCUUCGACAAUGUGGUGGGACUGCCCUUGAGGACGACGCUGAGGCUCAUCGAAAAGGUGAUGGCAAAGUCUGAUGACGACGACAUGCUCGCAGGCGAGGAUCCGCUCGAGGAGGAAGAAUGA